AUGCAUUUCUCGUCUACGCUGAACCCACUGUCUAAAUCUAAUGGCGACGUUCCAAUUGCGAUCGUAUCGUAUGAGGGAAAGAGGAAAUUUGUGCUGAAGACGGAGACUUUUGAGGAUAUGAUUGAUCUAGUUCGGGGAUACUUCAAUUUAGCGCAGGACCCCACCUUCAUCAGAUUAGAGACGUGCACACUCGACGUUUGUCAAGGGAGGUCCAUUGAAGUUGAUGCGAGUGCCUGGGUGCAUAUGUGGCGUGUUCUAGACGAGAUUACUGUUGUGGCCGCUCCAGAAAAUAGAACUAUGGCUCCAAUCGUUCCCUCGGCACCUGACACAUCACCCUCCAUUUCGACCGCUGUUCUACCUGCAAACCAAGAGCAACAUACUCCGCCUGUGGCUGGUCGCAGUGCGCUCACCACAACAUCACCGGCUCCUUCCAUUCCAACUGCUGUUGCACCACCAAACCAAGAGCAACAUACGCCUGUGGCCGGUGGCAGUGCGCUCACCAUUUCGCCUUCCCUAUCGCUUCACGGUCUACUUCUUGAACGACCCAGUAAAACUCCACUCAUGGAAUACGUAUCCCACGGCGAACGCGACAACGACGAAUCAGCGACGGACGAACUUGUGGAAGACAGUGCGACGGUCGGUCAGGCAACCGACGCGCCAUCUUGGUUCAUUUUGAGCAGCCCAACUAACGAAGUCAAGUUGGAGAAAAAGCUGAAUACGACGACGACGGGAGAUGGUAGUACUACAUGGGAACACAAAAAGCCCCGCGCACCGGCAACAUCUUCUACCGAAAACGACGUCUUUACUUCCACCAAAGGCUCAGAAAUCGGCACCAACGACGUUGGCAAACAGGCGAACGAGCGGUUCAGCAUUUCCAUCAAGGGGCCUGACGGCCGUUCCCUCGAUUUCAGGCUGAAAAAAUCGCAUACGGUACAAAAGGUCCUUUUAACCGCGUGCAAGUAUUUCAUGGUGGACUUUCAUAGUGGGUAUUUGUGUAACGAUGACGAUGACGCCCUUAACAAUUCGGACACGGUGAUGCAAGCUGGUUUGAGGAAUGGAUCGAAUUUGGUUCUUUGGGUUGGUCAACCGGAGUCGGAGAGUGGGGAGGAGGAGGAUUAGUAGCUAGCUAGUCUUCAUUCUGUAUCUGUUUACUUGUACUUGCCCUCAUCGAGCGCACUCAGUGUUGAAAUAAAUUUGAUUGCUUU